UAACAAAAAGUGUUUUGUCAUUUGUUUGAACUAUUAUGAUGGAGCUUCAAUUGGGGCUUGCUCUAUGUGGAAAUUCAACAAAAGGGUAUAAUCUUGAUGACUUCAAUUUGAAUAACAAUAUCAAGAAAGGAAGAUCAAGUGAAAUUCUUGAUGUUCAAGAUGAAAAUGAUGUCAAAGUUCUUCAAACUUUGCCUUUGCUUGUUUGGGACAAUGAUAAUGAUGAUCAAAACAAUGAACAUAAAAGAAAAGAUGGUGAUGAAGAUGGGGUAGUGGGGUGGCCACCAAUUAAUUCAUUAAGGAAGAAACUCUGCCACCAGAGCCGCCGCGGCACGAUGAAUUAUGUCACGGUGGAGAACGGUGGCGUUGGUGGCGGCACUGGUGGCAGAGGAUCAAUAUAUAAGUAUGUGAAAGUGAAAAUGGAAGGAGUUGGAAUUGCAAGAAAAAUUGACUUGAGUCUUUUUCACUCUUACAACACACUUACUGACACCUUAAUUUCCAUGUUUGGAAAAAGUAAAGAAAAUGGUGAUGUUUAUGAACUUACUUAUCAGGAUAAAGAAGGUGAUUGGCUUCUUGCUGGGGAUGUACCAUGGAGGACUUUUGUUGGGUCAGUGCAGAGGCUAAAAUUGAUUAGAGAUGAAGAUUAUUGAUUAGUGGAAUAUAUUAUUAUCCCCUUUAUAUUUUAAUGUCUAUUUUAUUUUUACCUUUUCAUGUCUAGAAAGAUGUAAUCUCAAAUAGAGUUUUGACUAUUUUGUGGAACUAGUUUAUGACA